UGGAAUCCGCAACCGCGGCCCAGGCGAGGGCUGAGCGGGGAAAGGAGAGAGCCCGCUCACCUCUAGUUACAAAUGUAGAAGCAUUUGCACCGCGAAGGCUAAUGAAGCACCCACAUGAGAGUUUUGUCAGUGUGUUCUUUCGUUGUUGCAGAUGCAGACGUAUAAUCAGCACUUGACCAUCAGUAGGAUGCAGUUUUAAAUGAUGAUGGCAUUUUUCAUGGGACCAUUGCACUUCUAUAGAUUUGUAUACAUCAGUACUAUGACUUCAGUUUUGUACAGCAUACCUGGAACAUCUGUGUCACCACUCAACCUGACGAUAAAGCGACAGAAUUUUGAGUACAGUUUGUCAUGGGAGGCUGGAAAUAAUACACGGGCACCAACCUACUACAACGUGAAGUAUUUUAUUUGGGGUGAAUGUCUCAUCACAUCGAAGCAAGAUGAACAAGAAAGUUCCUCCAUCAACAGUGCUGAGACUUUUUCUUUUGUUACCUACUCCCAGUUCUCUAGUUGUUUUCAAAACAUCAAGGAGUGCUCCAAUAUCACACAUUUGUUCUGUAACCUGACAAAGGAGUUUACAGAUCCUAGCAAGACAUAUGUGAUAGCACUGACGACAUUCCCAGAACAUGCAGCAAAUUAUUCAGGCUACCUAUUCACUCCAUAUUCAGAUACAUGCUUAGGACCACCUGAGUUUAACAUUUCUACUUGUUCAAGCUGUGUUAAUGUGACAGUGAAAAUUCUUUCUUCAUUACUUAAUGUAUAUAAAAGAAUGGAGUAUACAAUAAAAGUGAAAGCUGUGAAUUUUGAAGAACAGGAUAUUGUAUACGCUAAUACAACAGAAAGAGAGAGUUUUUACACUGUUUUUGAAGGUUUGCAUCAAAACAGAAAUUAUUGUGUUUCCGUUGAUACAAGCUCUUCUGCAAGUAAAAAGUGUGUUCCAUCUCCCUGGAAAUGCAUUGUGAUCAGCUCCAAGGAUAAAUCAGAUUAUGUUAUCCCAGUCAUAUGUGGCAUAUUUCUCUCGCUAGCAGUUGGAAUGAUUGUGUGGUUACAAUACUACAUGGCAGGCUCUGGUGACUUAAAAUCAAAAGAAAGACCCAAAGUUUUGGAACCCACACAAAAAUUAAACUAUUCACUCUUUGACUCUCCUCCUGAAGAAGUGCACACUAUUCAGAUGAUCCAGGAGAGGGGGAAAACGUUUGGGGAAAACAGUUAUGAUGGUGAAAGUAGUAAUGAAAAAGAUGCCAUAUAUACUAAUCGCAGGCCCUUGGGCACAAUUUCAAAAUCCCAUUCCAAGACAGACAUAGAAGAUACAGUAUCUAUAGGCUGUUCAUCAACUGCAAGUGACUGUCAAACAGCUGAAAUGUUAGACGUUGAGGCAGAGGACUCUCAAUAUGAUAUUAAGAAAGAAGACAGUGCAACAGACCAGAUGUUUUACCCUUCUUCUGACAUGAACUCCUCCUCCUUACCCGAACCAGAGGGUGGUGGCUGUUUAAAUAUUAACUUAGAUACUGUGAAGCUAGAAGUACCCAAUACAAAUUGGGAAGCUUUGGCAACACAAAUCUCCUUUCAAGAAGAUACAUCAGACUUGCAGGAACCAUGUGAUCCUGAUGCCUCUGAACCAAAACAUUUUGCUAACAGAGUGGAUACGCAGAGGUCUGAUAUUCUUGACAUGUCACCUACAUGGCAAAAUUAUAGUGGUUCUGAAGAAAGUGAGUCAUCAGAUUCAGAAAUGGUUGGUGAAUACAUGAGAAGAUGACUCAAUGGAGAGAAAAGUUACCAUUUGCUAACACUAUAUGACAGCUUACUCCAGUGUUAAAGAAUGUCUGGCUUGGUUAAUGUGUGUUCUCUGUUGCUCUUAGUUGCAUGAAAGUGUAACAGUGUGGUAACCAUCCUUAGUAGCAAUUUUUGCUCAGUUGUCACGUCUUGACAACAAGCUAGAGCCCUUCCUGAAAGAUGGCAAAACAAAUCCAGUUUUAUGUAUGGCUUUGAAUAGAAUAAAUAGCAAAAGUACACC